CUUCGAUAAAAUCAGGAACUUGCGCUGGCCCUGCAAUGUCAAGGGAGGGGGCUCGCCCAGGGCUCCUGUAGCUCAGGGGGCAGGCCUGAGCCCUGCGCCCGCCCCGCAUCUGUCCAGCCCCUGACGGGGCGCCCCAGCUGAGGGGCUCCACAGUGGCCCCCACCGAGGCAGGGGACCUGACUGGCUCGGAGCUCGGCUGGAUGUUACAGGCGUGCAAAAUGGAAGGGUUUCCCCUCGUCCCCCCUCAGACAUCGGAAGACCUGGUCCCCUACGACACAGAUCUGUAUCAACGCCAGACGCAUGAAUAUUACCCAUAUCUCAGCAGUGAUGGAGAAAGCCACAGCGACCAUUACUGGGACUUCCACCCCCACCACGUGCACAGCGAGUUCGAGAGCUUCCCCGAGAACCACUUCACGGAGCUGCAGAGCGUGCAGCCCCCCCAGCUGCAGCAGCUCUACCGCCACAUGGAGCUGGAGCAGAUGCACGUCCUCGAUGCCCCUAUGGCGCCGCCCCACGCCGCCCUCGGCCACCAGGUCUCCUACCUGCCCCGGAUGUGCCUCCCAUACCCCUCCCUGUCCCCGGCCCAGCCCAGCUCGGAUGAGGAGGAGGGCGAGCGGCAGAGCCCCCCACUGGAGGUGUCUGACGGGGAGGCCGACGGCCUGGAGCCGGGGCCUGGCCUCCUGCAUGGGGAAACAGGCAGCAAGAAGAAGAUCCGCCUGUACCAGUUCCUGCUGGACCUGCUCCGCAGCGGCGACAUGAAGGACAGCAUCUGGUGGGUGGACAAGGACAAGGGCACCUUCCAGUUCUCGUCCAAGCACAAGGAGGCACUGGCGCAUCGCUGGGGCAUCCAGAAGGGCAACCGCAAGAAGAUGACGUACCAGAAGAUGGCCCGCGCGCUGCGCAACUACGGCAAGACGGGAGAGGUCAAGAAGGUUAAGAAGAAGCUCACCUACCAGUUCAGCGGGGAGGUGCUGGGCCGCGGGGGCCUGGCCGAGCGGCGCCACCCGCCCCACUGAGCCCAGGGGCCCCCCCACUGCCAGGCCUCCCCGCCGGCCAUAGCAUUAACCCCUCGCCUGGCCCGGACACAGGGAGGGACGCUCCCAGGGGCCAGCGGCAGGACUGGGGCGGGCCAGGCCUCGCCUCCCCCGCCCAGCCCGCUCCCACCCGCCCCCAGCCCCGAGUCCCGCUUCGCCCCCGACCAGGACUCAGCCCCGGGCUCCAGAAGGCCACCCGGGCGUUGGACCCGACCGAAGGGUCAGCCUUGCUUCGUACAAUCAAGCGUAUACUUCCUUGGGAGUUCUGAGCUAUAUUUGUGUAAAUUGAAUCCUCCUUUUUAGGCAUUUUCCCAGGUCCACCCCUCUCACCCCAUCUGUCUCUUCAAGGAACCACUGAGUAAUUAAAGUUAUUCUCAGCGAAUCCUCCUGCA